AUGCCACCGGUCGAGCGUGACGCCCCGGCCGACCGGCAACUAAGACACUCACAUUCUGGCUCAAUCGACCACGGACGAGCACUCAUCCCAAUGUGGGACAGCUCGGAUCCCGAGAGGGCGCCGCCCCCUUUGCCGCUCAACCCACAAUCACCCAGCGUCGGCACAUCACGUAUAGGCACCUCGGCCGCCAUUCAAUCAGCACAUGCCGCACUUAACGAGAAGGCACGAGAGAAUGCGAUGAUGCCGGUCCUGACCAAGCGUAUGACCGACACCUCCCCGGAACGGGCACUGGUGCCCAGGGGAAGCGCCCACAAACGCAUGCAGUCACUGCAACCAGCCAGCGUGCGGGAUCUCAGCAUGAUGCUGGAAGGCUCUCCGAGACGCGACUCUGUCAGCUCUGCAAGAUCGCCCGAGAAACACACCCGCCCCUCGACUCCCGUUCGUGGACGAGAAAAUGAGAGGGAGCAAUCAGUCGACCGAGAGAACACUCCGACCCCAAUGUCGUCCAGCCUGACCCCCGUAUUACGCUCCUCCAUGCGGAAGACGCCCCAGAGUAUCCUGGGCGAGAACACUCCACCACAGUCGGCCACCAUGUUAGCACUACAGAACAUGCCUCAGACAUCUUCCAGGGAGACCCCGCCCGUGGAAUCCCCAAAGCCGCUGGCAACUGUCACCAACAAUUCGACUGCGGUGCCAAAGGCACACUCCUCGGUCGAAAAUCUAUCGGUCCAAAUUCUCACCCUGACCAACAUCGCCACAGCGUUGCAGAAAGAGAUGGGCCUGCUCAGCAGGCGUAGUAGAGACAACGCUACCGACUUGAUGAGUCUCAAAGAGGCUACCCAUGCAAGAGACGAGGACAUCCGCAAGAGUCUUCGCGAGAUUAUCAUCAAUGCCGACCAUGCAAAGAAAGACCGUGAUCCAUACGGCGGCUAUUAUCUUGAGAAUGGGCCCCACGGUAGCCCAACCCAAUCGAAAGCUAUGAGGCCAUUCUCACUGCCACGCAUUCCAUCGCCUACCAGCUUUGCCGCCUCCAUAGAGCGUGACUCUGUACUAAGCACACCUUCCUUGAUAGGAGAUUCACCUGCCACCCUUGCCCUCAUCGAGAAGAUCAUUCGAGAAAUGGGCACAAAGGAUGGGCAGGAUACCGUUAUUGAGCAGCUGUCGGAGCUCUCAGCCAAGCUGGCCGGCAUGGCCUCAUCUGCCAAGGUGGAGGAGCUCAUCACUGAGCUGAAGUCUACGAGUCAACAGCUCUCUCUUGUCCCUGCAGGCGGAGGUCGGGGAGGCGGUGGUAAUAACACGACACGCUCGCGCAACUUCAGCUUUGACGACGAUGACGAACGAAGUCUGCAGGAGAUCAACUGGAACCAGAACGGACCCGGUGCCAUGUCACAACGCGUCAAUGCCUUUAUUCAGGACAAGGACGGGCACCGGUCUUCGGUAUCAUCCACGCGAGGAAAUGAGGUUCUCAAUGAGGACUUGAUCAAGAUCAUUCGAGGCGUCAAAGACAGCGUUGCUCAAGGAGGCGGUCUUACCGCCGAGGUCAAGGCUCUCGUCCGAGAAUUACGUGGCGAGGUUCUUGGGAUGGGACGCGAAAUCGGCCGCCGCAUCGAUGAAGUCAAUGCGAAGGUCGCCGUAAGCCCAGCUUCCGAUGUGGCCGAAGGCAACGUCGAACCAGCAACCAAAAUUCAGAUGGAAAAGAUCGUUGUCGAAGGCCUGGAUCAGAUGCGACAGCGUAUGACACAGCUCCUGAGAGAACACCGCCGAGAGUCGUCAGGCUCAGAAAAGUCCGCAAUUGACUAUCAAGAGAUCUAUAAUGCCAUGAAGGCAGCGCUCCAGGACUCUGAAGCUAGUCACAUACGCGAGCCCGACUUGACCAGGGAUGAUGUCGUACAGGCCGUGAAAGACGCUUGGGAGACCUACAAGCCCGAGAUUCAUGUCGAACAGAUCGGCCUAGAGCGUGACGAGGUCCUCGCCUGUCUGAAAGAGGGACUUCAGGAGUUCGCUCCGCAGGACGCCCACGAGGGCGCAACCAGAGAAGAGGUGUUCAAGGCUGUCGUGGAAGGCUUGAAGCACUUCACGCCACCUCCCAUUGAUACACCAGCCAGUCUUUCCAGGGAUGAAGUCCUCGAGGCCGUCAGAGAAUGUCUGGAAGAGUUUGAGUUCCCUGUUGCUCCCUCAGCCAUCAACAAUGAGCUCACGCGAGACGAUAUGGUGGAAGCUGUCAAGCAGGGGCUCGAGACGUUCGACUUCCCCAGUACUGCCAACGCCAUUGUACCCCACAGCGGCAACGUCGACAACUCGGACGUUGUAGAACGCCUUCACGACAUAAUGCAAUUCAUGCAGCGUGAGUUCAAAGCUGUGUCCGAGGAAGCCAAGCAGAAUGUGGCAGCCAAUGGGAGGGAUACUGAGCAGGUUCUCGAUGCCACGAAGGAUGGCUUUGAUCAGCUCCGCGUUCAUAUGGAAAGUUACGUCAACCGUGCCAGUGGUGUAACGAAUCAAGAGGAGCUCAUGGAGACCCUCGUUCGGAGUCUGGAUGGGUUCCGGGACGAAAUAUCAGAGCUUGUCGUAAAAGCAACUGAUGGAUCCAGGAGCGUAUUGAAGGAAGAGGUGGAGUCGCUGCGAGACACAGUCAAUUCGUCUAUGGUACCGCACACGCCCGCGGGCGCCGACAAUAAGGAGGUGCUUGAAGCCUUGCGAGAAGGUCUGGAGCGUGUGCGUGUCGAAUUACUUCGACCACACGCAGGCACUACCGAUAUUCUUGACGCAAUGCAUGAGGGCUUUACUGACCUUGGUGCCAGUAUUGAGAAGAUCGGUAACAAGCCCACUGACCUCACUGCGAACGACGAAGUCCUUGACGCUCUCAGGUCAGGACUUGACAGCCUGCGUGGGGAAAUCGACUCACUCCGCGAACAGAGUCGACUGGACGCUCUUCAGUCUGGGAUCGAUAGCCUCAAAGCUGAUAUUGAUUCCCUCCGUGAGAACCACCAGAAUGACAAGGCGGUUGCGCCGGUUGGAGCUGCAGUUUCGGAUGCCAUUAUCCCCGCGGACACGCUGAAGCAGGACGACAUUAAGAAUCUCGAGGUCAUGCUUACGCAACUGCGCAUUAAGGUCGAAGCCAUGGAGCCAUCGGCACCCGCUGAGCACGACCACCUGUCCAAGAGCGACCUCGCGGAGAUGGAAGAGCUAAUUCGCAACAACUCAUUGAAGGAUGACGUGACGGAGAUGCAGGAACUUCUCCGCAGCAAUAUUUCCAAGAGCGACCUUUCCGAGAUGGAAGAGAUGCUCCGAAAUGUUCAGGAGUCAGUUGCUGGACUGGGUGCCAAGGAUGCUCCUAAGGAGGCUGGCGAAGGUGAAGAGCCAGCAGUCAAUCUGGAGGAUGCGGCCACGAAGGAGGAUGUGGUGGCAAUUGAGACUAUUCUCCGAAAUACAAAAGGCCGUCUAGAUGAUCUUAUGGACGGCGAGCAGGCCGUAAGGAAAGACCACAUUGAUACCAUCGAGGCUCUGGUGCUUGAAACCAAGGAAUCGCUUGGUUCUCUCACAACUCAGUUGGAAGGAGUCUCGAAGAAGGAGGACAUCAAUGCUGUUGAGUCUCUUGUCACGCAAGUCAAUGCUGCACUCGACGAAAUGAAAGAGCGCGCAGAGAAGUCGCUCGAGGACCCGGAGCGUGUCACCAAGACGGACGUCGAUGCCGUCGAGGCCGUCUGUCUAGACAUGAAGUCCGUUGUGGACGGGAUGUUGAAGACCGACAUUGCAGCUCUGCCAUCCAAAGAAGAUCUCAAGAGCCUGGAAGACGUCGUCAAGGAAGCCAAGGCUGUUCUGGACUCCCAAGUUGAGACUAACAACAAGGCCUUCGAAGAGCGCCAAGCUGAGAUCGUUGGUGUUAGUGAGCGUGUGACCGAGGUCAAGACUUUCUUCGAGGAGUUCCAGACGCUCGUCAAGGAGAAGCUAGAGCACGAGACAUCAGGACUCGAGGCACUCGGAAAAACCUUGGGCGGCCUUAGCGAAACUGUGGACAAGAAUGCCAGCAUCUCAGACGACCUGAAGGAGAUGUUUGAGCUGAUGAAGACAGAGUUUGAGGAGUCAAAGACUGGUGUCGUAGGCGCCAAGAUUGACAACGACGAGAAGCUCCAGGCUGCGACCGAGACACUCGGCUCAAAGAUUGAAGAAAAGGUCGGAGAGCUCAUCACCAAGUACGAUGCCUUUGAACUUGUCAUGGAAGAGCGAAGCAAGUCUGGUGAAACCAGGGAUGUGGAGAUGGAGGCUGCAGUGGUUAGCACCAAGGCAGUGGCCGAAGAGUUGAAGUUGUUGAUCGACACACUCGGUUCCACUGUCACGGAGUCCUUGGAAAAGAUGGAAGAAGCCUCAAAGACGGUGUUCACCCGUGUCGAGGAGCUCUCCACAAAGUCCGAGGAAAACCAUUCUGACGAUAAGAAUGAGCAUUCCUUGACUCGCGAACAGGUCAAGGCUGCGGUAACUGUGGUCGAAGGUCUCCAGGGUCAUGUCGUCGAGUAUCAGCCCAAGAUCCUUGAGAGCAUCAAAGACGUUCUCCUCAUCGUCGGUCAGCACUACGAGCAUUCCAAGACAACCACCACAGAAAUGCAGAAGACCAUCGAAGAUGUCAAGGAUAAGGAACCGGAGCUACCUCAACUACCCCCCGUGGAGAAGUACGACGAUACUGAGAUGCACACCAAGCUGGACAAGUUGAUCGACCACAGCCACGCCGCAGGAAAAGCCUACUCUCAGCUCGACACACUCGACAAGGUGCACGCGCAGGUUGUACAGACGGCGGCCGAUAUUUCGAACUUCCUUGAAACACAGACAAAGCAGAUCGACGAGGCUCGCGAGGAUCACGAAAAGAGCAUCGAGGACGCCAAGAAUAAGCUUCAAGAAACCAACGUAGCUCUAGCCGUCGCCCAAGCAGAAAAGGAGCACGUUGAAGCGAAUGUGGAGGCUCUCCGCUCGGAAGAAGAGCAACUUCGCGAAAGCAUCUUGGCCUUGAGGACGGAACAAGAGUUCCUGACCCGUCAAAAGACCCGGCUCACCGCCGACCUCUCAUCUGUUGAGACAGCUGUGCACAUUCGCAGGGAGGAGCUGCAUGCAAUGGAGACUCGGGCCGAAGGCCUGGAGCGCCGCAUCUUGGAGGGGGUACUUGACCAUUCUCGUGCUCUUCUUAUGACCAAGUCCGGCGCGAAAGGUCGAGAUGCCAUGUCUCGGAAGCGCGUACCGGCUGCUAGGUCCAGCCUAACUCCCCUCGAUGCUCCAGCGCUCAACGUCCAGUCGCCAACGGCUCAGCGGAAAGCAGUCAACCUCGCUGUCAAUGGUAACAGGGCCAGCCUCAUUCCUCCAAACCCCGCCGGUGCCUCGAGGCGUAUCCUGAGUCUUAGCCAGAUCACGAACAACUCUCCCACGGGCGGUAUAAAGCGCAGCCAAAGCGUUCGGGCGGCAGCCGGUGCUGGGCCCCUCCGCAAGAGUAGCUGGGGCGGAGGCCUGGGGAAAAAGUAUGGUGAACUUGGGGUGAACAAGGAAAACGAACCCAUUGAUUCCGUUCGCGAAAUCGAUGAACCACCAGAGAGCGAGGCUGAACAUGAGCCUGAACCAGUUCCAACUCCCCCUGAGACACCGUUGGAGCCUGAGACACAACUAGAAUUAGCCCAGCCAGCCUCUGAGGUGUCAACAGAAGGCGACGAGGCAGAAGAGGACCAAGGUGAAGACGAUGCCAGCGAUGCAGGCACGUUGAGGAGGUCAAGUCUGGGCACGACCGUCAUUACUUCUACGGAGACCGAAGGCGGUUACACGGAUUACGAUGACGAGAGUUACGAUGGACAGAGCGACUGGACGGAAAGUGCACUGGGCACUGAAAGCAUAGCCGACACUGAGAGCAUUGCAGAUUCCGCGCUCAGCGAGGGAGGGGAGCUGGUGUUGCAUGCUGCUUAG